CCGCUACUUAACCACGUCUUAAUGCCAUGGCCCACAUUUCCCGUGAGCCUGCCGAUCUUCUCAAGCUAGCCGAUAUCCACCCUGAGCUUGCUGCCCAGCUCGACAAGCGGAAAAGUCUCCCCCCAGAAGCGCGUAACCCAGACAGCAUUCGAAUCUUGUACGAGCAACUGAAUCAGAGCUAUCUCGAAAGUUUUGGUCCUGACUCAGCCUUGGGGGUCGAGAUAGAAGAUCGCACCGUCAGCGCACGCGAUGGCUACGAGAUUCCAAUCCGCACGUACAGGCCUGCUAGCGCAAAAGAGCCGGGUCCUCUGAUCAUUUCCAUCCACGGCGGUGCCCUUGUCAUGGGUGGCCUCACCGACGAGGAGGCUCAUUGCCGAUUAUUCGUGCGAACCUUUGGCGCGAGCUGUGUGAAUAUUGACUAUCGCUUAGCACCCCAAUACAAACAGCCCACACAGGCAAAUGACUGCUGGGACGUAGUAAAAUGGGCCGCCGCACAUGCGGCUGAUCUCGGUGCCAAUCCUUCAGAAAAGGGCUUCCUUGUGCAAGGAGUAAGCGCUGGCGCAAUCCUAGUAGACAUUGUCACUCGGCUUGCCCGCGACGAAAGGCUCGAGCCACCUGUAACAGGUCAAAUGCAAAUCGCGACUGCGGUAUGCGAUGCGGAGGCCAUUCCUGAGAGAUUCCGAUCCCAAUUCUUGUCGUGGGACCAAGAUAUGACGGGUUCGCUGCGCAAGGAAGCUAUACAGCGGAGUAGGAUCGCGCGCGGGGCGAAUCCACAUGAUCAAUGGACGAGCCCGAUGGUAGCGUGGCCGACGGGAAACGCGGGGCUACCAAGAACACUACUCCUGGUUCACGGAAGGGAAUAUUUUCGAGACGUAGGCUUGAUAUACGAGAAGAUUCUGAGAGAGGAAGAAGGUAUAGAAACAAAGCUAUAUGUCUAUCCCGGUUUGCAUCACGGGUUCCACAUCGAGCUCCAUGGUGGGGAGGCGAGUAAGGCGCACCAGAGAGACAUGCUUGAAGGUAUGCGGUGGUUGCUCCGUCUAUGA